AUGGUUAGUCAUUCAGGUGGUCUCGAUAUUAUUAAUGAAUUAGCUGGUAAAGACAUCACUCGAAUAUUCCAUGAAAUACAUCUAACAUCAAAUUUAAACAAACAACUUUUAAAUCGCAAAUACUGGAUUGGUAAAAUUGAUCGCAAUGCGAGUAAGGAACAAUGCGGUUAUUUUCUCAUGCAAAAUCUGUUAUGUAGAACUGUGCCAGAAUAUAAUUUACCGAUGCGAGUACCUUUUGAUCAAGUGUGUACUUUGAAAGAGCAAUUUAAACAGUAUAUUAUGAGUGCAAACUUUCCCUGUUUGAAUGGAAAAAUUGCUUUUAAACGGAAUGCAUUUGGGUUUGGUGUGUACGAUAUAUUAGCUACUGAGCAUAGCACUAAGCUCUUAUGGCAUAAUCUUAUUGAGUUCAUCAAUCGUCAAUCGUCUUUAUGGGAGCAUCAUCAUAUGUUCACUACGUAUGUCGCUUGUUUUCGUACUCCGAAAGACGUGAGCGAAGAUAUCUUUGAAACAUUGCUCUGGAAACAGUUACGCCUACUUCAUAAAGAAGAUGUCGAAAAUGGAAUGAUUUGGGCCGAAAACUACUCCGAUGAUCCUCUAGAUCCUAAUUUUGGCUUUAGUGUAGGUGGACGUGCGUUUUUCAUCGUUGGGCUGCAUCCGAAUAGUUCAAGGAAAGCUGGACAAUUUCUUACACCGUGUCUUGUUUUCAAUUCACAUGAUCAAUUUACGAAUCUCCGCCGAUUAAACAUAUUAUCUGAGAUAAGACAAGUCGUUCGCAAUGCUGAUCUUCGUGAAAAUGGAUCGAUAAACCCGAAUGUAAUUUCAAAUGAUAACAAUUCGGUUGCUUUCGAGUACUCGGGCAAGCUUAUUAAUCCAGAUUGGACACCAGAUUUCAAGUCCCGACACAAGAAAACGAAUUGA